CCGAGAGGCGGAAGGAGCCAAUGGGCGCCGGGGGAGCCGCCGAGGGGGCGUGGCCUCCCCGCGGGCCAAUCAGGCGCCGCGCCCGCCUUGCCGCUCUAUGCCGCUCCGCCCCAGCUCGCCGGUCCCAGAAGGCGCCGGGCUUCCCAAGAUGGCGGCCGACGUGUCCGUUACUCCCGGGCCCCCGCUGAGCCCGGAGCCUGAGGCCGAGGUGGAGGCCGAGGUGGAGGCCGACGAGGCCGCCGCCGCCCCCGCCGCCCCCGCCACGCCCGCCGACAGCCGGGCCUCAGACGAGGAGCUGCCCCAGCUCGAGCCCGACGAGAUCCAGAGGCGCCUGGAACACACCGAGCGCCAGUUCCGUAACCGCCGCAAGAUCCUGAUCCGGGGCCUCCCGGGGGACGUGACCAACCAGGAAGUUCACGACCUGCUGAGCGACUAUGAACUCAAGUACUGCUUUGUGGACAAGCACAAAGGGACAGCCUUCGUCACCCUGCUGAACGGGGAGCAGGCCGAGGCGGCCAUCGCCGCCUUCCACCAGAGCCAGCUGCGGGAGCGGGAGCUGUCGGUGCAGCUGCAGCCGACCGACGCGCUGCUGUGCGUGGCCAACCUGCCGCCCAGCCUGAGCCAGCAGCAGUUUGAGGAGCUGGUGCGGCCCUUCGGCUCCCUGGAGCGCUGCUUCCUGGUGUACAGCGGCCGCAGCGGCCACUCCAAGGGCUACGGCUUCGCCGAGUACAUGAAGAAGGACUCGGCCGCCCGGGCCAAGUCCGACCUGCUGGGCAAGCCGCUGGGGCAGCGCACGCUCUACGUGCACUGGACCGACGCCACGCAGCUCACGCCCGCACUGCUGCACUCCCGCUGCCUGUGCGUCGACCACCUGCCCCCCGGCUUCAACGACACCGACGCCCUGCGCCAGGCGCUCUCAGCCACGCACACCCCCACCUUCUGCCAGCUGGCGUACGGGCAGGACGGGCAGCUGAAGGGCUUCGCGGUGCUGGAAUACGAGACAGCCGAGGAGGCCGAGGAGGCCCAGCAGCAAGCGGACGGGCUGUCUCUGGGGGGCAGCCGGCUGCGGGUCUCCUUCUGCGCCCCGGGACCCCCCGGCCGCAGCAUGCUGGCUGCGCUCAUCGCUGCCCAGGCCACAGCCUUGAACCGUGGCAAAGGCCUCCUCCCCGAGCCCAACCUCCUUCAACUCCUCAGCCACUUGGGGCCCUCGGCCUCCCUCCAGCUCCUGCUAAACCCACUCAUCAACCCCCAGGCGGGCACGGGGGGCAAGCAGGGCCUCCUGGGAGCCCCCCCAGCCAUGCCACUACUCAACGGGCCGGCACUGUCCACGGCGCUGUUACAACUCGCCCUGCAGGGCCAGAAGAAACCUGGGAUCCUGGGAGACUCGCCCAUGGGGCCCCUCCAGCCAGGGGGCCCACCCGCCAAUCCCCUCCUCGGGGAGAUGCCUGCAGGCCCUGAGCCCCCUCCUCGCCGCGGGAAGCCACCACCCCUACUGCCGAUGCGAGGAUCUGGGGGUGACCGCGAAGGCAUGGGCCUGGGCUCCCAGCUCACCCCACCCCCAGACCCCAGGGGCUUGCGCGGCCCUGGACUCCGAGGCCUACAGAAAGACGGAGGGCCACCCUCCUGAACCCUGCCCCUCCUGUCACAGGGCUCGCUGCUGGGGGAGCCCCCCAAAGACUUCCGGAUCCCUCUGAAUCCGUACCUGAACCUGCAUAGCCUGCUCCCUGCCAGCAGCCUGCCGAGCAAGGAGCCCCGGGGCUGGGGGGGCUCGGCGGGCCCUUCGGGGAGAAGCCGCCGGCCCCCUGAAGGCCCCCCGCCCAACCCUGCGGCCCCAGGAGGCGGUGGUAGCAAAGCCUUCCACCUCAAGUCCCGAAUGCUCAACCCCCUCGCCAAUGCCCGCUUGCCCCCCGAACCUGACAGCUAUGGCUACGACUACCCUUCGGAUGGAGGACCUCGGCGGCACUUCCACCCACGGGAGCCUGGCCUCGGACACCACGGCCCCCACGGCCCCCACGGUCCUCACGGUCCCAGCCGGCACAGGCUGUCCCCCCCGCCCAGCGGCUUCAGCGAGCGGGGUGGCGGUGGGGGCUCCCUCUUCUACUCGGGCUCCCCCGCCUCUUACUUCACCAGCGGCCUCCAGGCUGGCCUGAAGCAGAGCCAUCUGAACAAGGCUGUGGGCUCUUCCCCGCUGGGCUCUGGAGAAGGACUCCUGGGCCUGGGGCCUGGCCCCGAUGGCCACGGCCACCUGCUCAAGACCCCUCUGGGCGGCCAGAAGCGCAGCUUUGCCCACCUGCUGCCCUCUCCCGAGCCCAGCCCGGAAGGCAGCUACAUCGGCCAGCACUCCCAGGGCCUGGGGGGUCACUAUGCGGACUCCUACCUGAAGCGGAAGAGGAUUUUCUAGGCACCCGACAUGACCCGCACCAAAUCGCUUUUUCUUUUUUGGAGGGGUUCUCUUGGGAGAGGGGGGGGGUCUCUGUUUGGUGGGUUUUUUUUUUUUUUUUUUUUUUGGUUUUUUUUUUUUUCCUUUUCCCUCCUCCCCCUCUCAGUAAUGGAAAAACAUCUCUGGAAGAAAAAAAAAAAUCUCGAUAGACCAGCUGGAACCCAAGGGGUGGAGAGCGAGGGAAUCCAGGGUGUGGUAGUGGUGGUGGGGGGACAUGGGGUCACUGUGAUCCACUCGCAGCCUUAAGUGAGAGGGGCUUGCCCGGCUGGUGCUUUCUCUCUCUCCCCCCCCCUCCUCUGCCCUGCCUCCCUUGCUUGAAUCCCACCAUCUAAGGAGUCCCCACCCCACACACACACACAGCCCAUCCCCCCCCCCAAGCCUGUCCAGUGCCUUGGAGCCUGACCUCAGUUCCCCACCAGGAUCAAAACUGUGUCUCCCCCCCCCCCCCCCCCCGCACCCUUCCUCUUUUUUUUUUUUUUUUUUUUAACUCGGACAACUGACUUUUAUUUCCUUGUGCUCAUUUGUAUUUAAAAAAAAAAAAAUGCCAAGACCUAGCUCCCACGCCCGCCAGGCCCACUGUGCGCAUGUGUGUGUUGGGGGGUGGGUGGGGGGAAGGGGCACUCCAUUCCAUUCCCCUUUAAGUUAGAACCUGCAGGCCUGCUGUGUACCCUCCCAUCCCACCCUGUUCCUUUCCGAAUUCUACCUGCCUCACCUGGGAGCCACCCCGGCGUUUCUGAUGCCUUAAAGCCGGGCCCCAGACAUCCCCUGCUCCCCAAGAGCCCUUCUGACACCCCGUGGUCCUCGCCCCCCCCCCCCAUUUGUGGAAGCUUGACUCAGGACCAAAUAACUGGUUUGGGGAGAUUGUCCCCCCUCCCAUCUCUGCCCUGUGCUCUCCCCCUUACAUGGACCCACCCCUGAGAUGGUAGAAUGCCCAAAUUCUGGUCUUGGCAAACCAGCCCCCCCCCCUCCAAUUCCCAACCCAUAAUCCUUCCUGCCCUGUCUGCUUGUCUAAACCAGAGGCACUGAGCCUCCUGUCCCCUCCCCACCUUGCCCCUAGCCAGCCCAGGUCGUCCAGAGCUAGCCUCCUUCCGGCCCACUGCCAGAAGCCAGGCAGCUCCAAGCAGAUCAUCUGUUCCUGGCUACCCACCCACCCCCAACUCCAUUCUGGUGGGGGUUCUCUUCUUUGUCCCUUGUCCACUCCAGGAGAGGGGUGUCUCUCCUCUCCCACCUUUGCUGAAUUAAAGUUUGUAAGUAAACGGUUUUAAAAAAAAUAAUAAAA